AUAUGAGUUACCAACAGUUUAUGAGCGAACUACAUCGGCUGUGCUAGUCUAUUUCUCUUCAGCAAAACAGGGAACCAUGGUUGAAUUUAGUGAUCCAAUUUCCGUUACACCUGCGUUUGAUGGCAGACUUACCACGAAAAUGGUUUUGAUGCGGUCUCGAUCAGAAGACAUAACUACGAUUUCCAAGGUAAAUCUAUGGGGGUUAAAUCUUUCCGAAGUCAGCCUACUGCGUUCAAUGUGCAAUUUGAAAAUUUUUGGCUUUUAAGCACAAACAAAGUUACAUCUUUGGAGCCUUUUAGUCAUUGCUCACUAUUACAAGAGCUGUACUUACGUGGGAAUAAUGUGCAAGAUAUACAUGAAGUGGCUCAUCUAAAGAAUCUUAGCAGCUUGCAGAAACUGUGGUUAGAGGGAAACCCAUGUUGCACUGCAGUGCUGUCAGUAUUACCGGAAAAAUUGAAUUCCCUUGAGCUAUAUAGAUGCACAGUGCUUCGAAACCUUAUUGGUUUAACUUACUUAGACUAUACAGCUGUCACUUCCGAAGAGCGGAUUCAAUCCCAAAAAUGUGGACUGAUUUUGACAGCCCCACCACCCGUCAACUACGAUGGUGGAUUAGAUGAUGCUACAGAUCAGCUUUGCACUUCACUGGAGCUCAUGGAUGAGUCCGUGCUCGAAACAGAUCUGACGGAAACUGAGAAGACUCUAAGCGAAGACGAAACGAUCCAGUUGGAAAAUGACGCUGAUGGGACUAUAGGAUGUGAAGAACUCGAUGAGGGAACUCACAUUCAGACACCGAUUCCCCCGACAAUUGAGUUUUCACCAGCGCUGGCGUGUGGAAAGCAUUUCAACGUACCAUCUGCUUGGAUGCUUGAAACAAAGAAAACCCGAAAUGGAUGUAGACUGAAGCCUAGGAAGAAAAAUAAAUUUACCAUAUCAUCCAGGAGAUCACACUUUCCAGUUGGUGAGAAUGAACGUACGGUUCGAAGUGCAGUUAUUGCCCUCCUGAAGAUUUUGAACACAAGAAGUCUUGAAAUGGUCAUACAAGCUGCUGAAAGACGCCUUUCCCGCCUAGAUCGGGUCACCAGACAGUUGGAGUAUGAGCCACAGUCCGAGCCCUUGCCAAAUGGUUGGGAUUCAACUAUCGAGUAUGAUUUCACCAACUAUGUGGACGACCAACGCUAACUGCACUCCCGAUAUCCCAUAGCAAGUCGUUAUAAGCACUCUGGAUGCUUGGGACUCAUUUGAGAUAACAUUAAAUUAUCCAGUGAUGUACCGGCCACUUGUGUUUAUUACCGAUCCCUUUGACAUCAUGUUCAUCAGAACUGCUUUCAUAUGAGAUCACAAUUAGGAUUGAUCAACAACUAUAGAAAUUACCAGAAGCUAGACACAUUUUUCGGCA